AUGAGACUUAAAAUACUAGGAUGCCUCUUGGCGUUACUACCUUUGCUCAUUCAUGCCCAAAAUGGCGAAGAGUACAUAAUCAACGAGUGGCCUACAGAAUCCCGUCCAACUGUAGCAUGGUACAUCAAUAACAAUGCCGCAUCACAUGCCAAACGUGCAAGCGACCUAAGGAAGGCAUUUUUCAGACCCAUGUCGCUCAGUGCCUACGGAAGUCCAGCCGAGACCCGAUACGCUGCGACUUGGAUCAACGACGGAGCAAUGGGCCAGCCCUGGCAGAUGGGAUGGGGCAUGUCACUUAAAGCUUUCGACGAAUGGGUUAGCAAGUGGAGGAUGCAAGGCUAUCGGCUUGUUAUUAUCAGUGCAAAUGGACCAGCAGGUAAAGCUGCAUUCCACGGCGUCAUGGCAUUUCCCUCCGAUCGCCUCAAGUGGGCUUACAAGUGCGAGAUCAAGGACCUUGACAAGUACAUGGCAGACAAGGAUAAUAACGGUAUAUCGAGGGUCAACAGUUUCCGUAUGUAUGGAGAAAUGGACGACAGAAGAUAUUGUGUUUUGCUCUACGAGAACAAGGGCAACGAGCGAUGGGCACUGGAACACUCCGAGCCAGGCGCGAUGCCAAAUGAGAGCUGGGUCUCUGAAUACAACUACCCACAUGUAUCGCGACAAUUCCUACGACCUCACAAACUCUUCAUUUCUGACGAUGGCGUUAUAACACCCCUGAUAACUGACGUGAGUGUCGGAGGUUGGUCAGCCGCUGUUCGUCUGGACCAAGAGCAGAUGGCCGAGGAGAUCCGCAGACAAGGUCACCAGUGGUUCAUGCCAAUCGACAUACAGGGAGCCUCAGGUCUCGGCAAGACGCAGUUUACUGCUGUCUUCGCUGAACGCAUGCGAUACCAGCCUCGGUUGUGGGCAGCGCAUGGACAAGUUUCGGGUUUCAAGAACAACAAGGAGGCUAAGAAGGAGCUGGACAUAACGAUGAAGAAGUUCAUGGUGGAGAACGGUAUUCGACAAGCCCAAGUAUCCAUCGGUGCAAGAGGCCAUGCCAUGCUUGAGCGAAGCUAUACCUGGGCCGAAACAGCUUACGGCAGCGUGAAACCUGACGAUGUUUUCCUCAUCGGGGGUGUCAGCAAGAUGUUCCUAUACGCGGCGGUCAAAUGGUGCGUCGAUCAACUACUAGUCGAUUACGACACGCCCGUCUACAAAUUGCUGGGUUAUCGCAACCCCUUCGAUGAGCGAGCAGAAGACAUCACCAUCCAGCAUCUUCUUGAUCACACAGCAGGUUACGACCGAGACGAUUCUGGAGAAGCCGCCUUCGAAUUCGGCAAGGUUGGACUGACACUGCCGCACAAUGGCACAGAGCCCGCCACUCUUCACGACGUGAUCAAAUACAAGCUUAGGCAGAGGCUCGAUUACAACCCGGGCGAGCGCUUCGUUCACUCUCAUUAUGGCUCACUGCUGUUGGGUGCAGUGGUAGCAAACCUCACCGAGAUGCCCUACGUGGAUUUCCUGAAGAAACAUAUCCUCGACGGCCUCGAUGUCUCAGUGUUUGAGACUGACUCCAAGGCUCACUUGAAAGACAAGAUUGUUCAACAAGGCUUGCAGAUGGGUGUUGAUGCUAGAUAUCCCAGGAAAGGGGAGUAUGUUGCUGGAGUAUAUGGAGGAGAUGGCGCCAUUAAGGAAGAAACUGCCGCUGCCUUUUCUCUCCGCGCAAGUGCCACCAGUCUCAUAAAGUUUGCUGGCCAGUAUUCCGUCGCAAGAAUUGGUAAACGCCGGGAUGGCUACCGCAGGGGAGGAAUAGAAGGCGGAUACGCCUACGUUGAGUCACAUGGGGAUUUUGACUGGGCUAUGGUAUUCAAUACGAGGGAGUUUGCCUCCAAGAAUGCAGUUGUACACCUCGCCCACAAGAUUCGGAAGUUGAUUGAUAAAACCGUUGCGGAGAACAAGUAUGGCCCAUUCACACUCACAUGCAACCCUGGGCCUGAAAUUUUUGACAAGUCGUUCCCCGGAAUGAGGGGGAUAUCCUUCGACAGUUUGGGCCAUUUGCCUGAUUGUACCGAGGAGGAAUUGGAUGAGAUCAUGCACGACAGGAAGGGUGGAUAGAAUGGAGAAUCAGAGGAAAUUAUACACGGUCGGAAAUAGAGGAAUUGAACUAGUCUAGAUUGUUAUUGACUAUCAUUAUAAGUGG